GGAUAGAUGUUGUCUGGAGAUGAACAACAUGAGAUCGUCACUCCAACUUGGUGUUCUGCUCUGUGUGUUGUGUGCAGCACACGUUCAGGCUCAGGAGAACAGGAACUCACUGAGGCUUUGUGGCCGGGCCCUUGUGCGAGCUUUGGUGUUCACCUGCGGUGGGUCCAGAUGGAGAAGACAACUGGAAGAGAAGGGGUUUCUGCCAGACGAGUUUUUGGCAGUAAACAGAGAAGAGCCAGACUUCCUGAAGACAGGAGAUGUUCCAGUGACAGAUUUUCAUCAGAGGGACCAGGACCAGGCCUUGAUAACAAUGUGCUGUCAACAAGGCUGCCAAAGACGUGAGCUGUCCAUGCUGUGCUAGAGGGGAAGAUCAUUUAUCUGAAACUGUCAUUUUAAAGUUGAAAUAUUUCAUUCAAAAAUCGUUUCCAUAAUGUUGUGAUUUACCUUGAAGCACAAAUAAAAAGCAUCAUGAA